AUGUAGGUUAAAAUCCUUCUCUUACCAAUGAGCCCUUACAUUAUUAUACUUUUAUUAUCCAGCCUGGGCCUAGGCACAGCCCUAACAUUUAUAAGCUCCCACUGACUACUAGCUUGAAUAGGACUUGAAAUUAAUACAUUAGCAAUUUUACCACUCAUAGCCCAACAUCACCACCCACGAGCAGUAGAAGCAACCACUAAAUAUUUCCUAGCACAAGCAGCUGCAGCAGCAACCAUCCUAUUUGCCAGCACUAUUAAUGCUUGAGCAACAGGAGAAUGAAACAUCAAUUGCUUAACCCACCCUAUCGCAACCACACUCGCCACAAUAGCUCUAGCACUAAAAGUAGGCCUAGCCCCAAUACAUUUCUGAAUACCCCCUGUAAUACAAGGACUUGACCUCACAACAGGACUUAUCAUAGCCACCUGACAAAAGCUCGCCCCCUUCGCCCUAAUUAUUCAAAUAGCAUCAUUUACACACCCUCAACUACUAACAAUUCUAGGACUCAUAUCAGUAUUUAUUGGAGGAUGAGGAGGCCUAAAUCAAACCCAACUACGAAAAAUUCUAGCCUACUCAUCAAUCGCCCACCUUGGAUGAAUAAUCAUAAUUGUACAACUAAAGCCACAACUAACCAUUCUAACAUUAUGUCUAUAUAUCAUUAUAACAAUAGCAACUUUCCUAACAUUUAAGUUAAUAAGUGCUACAAAAAUCAACACAUUAGCAACAAGCUGAGCUAAAACCCCCAUCCUAACAGCAACUGCCGCCCUCGCUUUACUCUCAUUAGGAGGACUCCCCCCACUAACAGGAUUUAUACCAAAAUGAUUAAUUCUACAAGAACUCACCACACAAGGCCUACCCCUAACUGCAACAGUAAUAGCCCUAAGCGCACUACUAAGCCUAUAUUUUUACCUACGACUAUGCUACUCCAUAACCCUUACCAUAGCCCCAAACACAAAUAACUCACUAACCCCAUGACGCAUACAAAACACACAAAAUAAAAUCCUACUAACUACUACAAUAACUGCAACCCUUAUACUACUACCCCUAGCCCCCCUCGCCCAAAUAUUAGUUAACUAGAGACUUAGGAUAAUGUAAGACCAAAAGCCUUCAAAGCUUUAAGUAGGAGUUAAAAUCUCCUAGUCUCUGCCUAAGGCUUGCGGGACUCUAUCCCACAUCUUCUGAAUGCAACUCAGACACUUUAAUUAAGCUAAAGCCUUACUAGAUGAGAAGGCCUCGAUCCUACAAACUCCUAGUUAACAGCUAGACGCUCAAGCCAGCGAGCAUUCAUCUACUUUCCCCGCCUCCUUUUAAAAAAGGCGGGGAAAGCCCCGGCAGGCAAUUAACCUGCAUCUUCGGAUUUGCAAUCCGAUGUGUUAUACACCACAAGACUUGAUAGGAAAAGGACUUAAACCUUUGUACAUGGAGCUACAAUCCACCGCCUAAACCCUCGGCCAUCCUACCUGUGACAAUCACACGCUGAUUCUUCUCAACUAAUCAUAAAGACAUUGGUACCCUCUACUUAGUAUUUGGUGCUUGAGCCGGAAUAGUUGGUACAGCCCUUAGCUUGCUAAUUCGGGCUGAGCUAGCCCAACCCGGAGCCCUUCUAGGGGAUGACCAGAUUUACAAUGUUAUUGUUACUGCUCAUGCCUUCAUCAUAAUUUUCUUUAUAGUAAUACCAAUCAUAAUCGGAGGCUUUGGUAACUGACUUGUGCCACUAAUAAUUGGGGCACCAGAUAUAGCAUUCCCACGAAUAAAUAAUAUAAGCUUCUGACUACUUCCCCCCUCUUUCCUGCUGCUAUUAGCUUCUUCCGGAGUUGAAGCCGGGGCAGGUACAGGAUGAACUGUUUAUCCUCCUCUUGCUGGAAAUCUUGCACAUGCCGGGGCUUCUGUAGACUUAACCAUUUUUUCUCUACACCUCGCAGGUGUCUCCUCUAUUUUAGGAGCCAUUAAUUUUAUUACAACCAUUAUUAACAUGAAACCCCCUGCCAUCUCCCAAUACCAAACCCCUCUAUUUGUUUGAGCUGUUCUAAUUACAGCCGUACUUCUACUAUUGUCCCUACCUGUUCUGGCUGCUGGCAUUACAAUACUCCUAACAGACCGAAACCUUAAUACAACAUUCUUUGAUCCCGCCGGAGGGGGAGACCCCAUUCUUUAUCAACAUUUAUUUUGAUUCUUUGGCCACCCAGAAGUAUAUAUUUUAAUUCUUCCAGGCUUUGGAAUAAUUUCUCACAUCGUAGCCUACUACUCCGGGAAAAAAGAACCCUUUGGAUAUAUAGGAAUAGUUUGAGCUAUAAUAGCCAUUGGUUUACUAGGCUUCAUCGUAUGAGCCCAUCACAUAUUUACAGUAGGAAUGGAUGUAGACACUCGAGCAUACUUUACAUCCGCAACAAUAAUUAUCGCAAUCCCAACAGGUGUAAAAGUAUUCAGCUGACUUGCUACCCUACAUGGAGGAUCCAUUAAAUGAGAAACUCCUAUACUAUGGGCCCUUGGAUUUAUCUUCCUAUUUACUGUAGGAGGGCUUACAGGAAUCGUAUUAGCCAACUCAUCCUUAGACAUUGUACUUCAUGAUACAUACUAUGUAGUAGCCCACUUUCAUUAUGUCCUAUCAAUGGGAGCCGUAUUUGCCAUUAUAGGAGCUUUCGUACAUUGAUUCCCUCUAUUCACAGGUUACACAAUACAUGACACCUGAACAAAAAUUCACUUCGGAACAAUAUUUGUAGGAGUUAAUCUCACCUUCUUCCCCCAGCAUUUCCUAGGCUUAGCCGGAAUGCCACGACGAUACUCAGAUUACCCAGACGCCUACUCACUAUGAAAUAUUAUUUCAUCUAUUGGCUCUAUAAUCUCUCUAGUAGCAGUUGUAAUGUUCCUUUAUAUUUUAUGGGAAGCCUUUACUGCUAAACGAGAAGUAAUGUCUGUCGAAUUAACCUCUACAAACGUAGAAUGAUUACAUGGAUGUCCUCCCCCCUAUCACACAUUCGAAGAACCAGCAUUCGUACAAGUACGAACAAAUUAACGAGAAAGGAAGGAAUCGAACCCCCAUAAACUAGUUUCAAGCCAGUCACAUAACCGCUCUGUCACUUUCUUCUAUAA